GAGCCGCAAACAGAACCGUUGGAUUUGUCAAUAUCAAGACCAUAUAUGGGAAUUCAUAAAUUUGUGGAGCUGCAAACAGAAUCGUUAGAUUUGUCAAUGUCAAGAAUGACUGAAGGACGGAUUGGACCAUCAGCUCUAUCAGUGAUCGAGAGACAAUUAGAACUCAACGAAAUUGAUCAAAAUGACGCAAUUUCAUUGAACCCACCGAUUCAAGAGUGA